AUGACUUCCUCUUCUCUCUCCCUCCGUUUCACAGCUCCACACACUCUCCUCCCUUCAACGAAACCCAGAAGAUCCGUCAUCGUCGCCGCUCAGACCGCAGCUCCGGCGGAAUCCACCGCUUCACCUCCGUCCUUAGACGCAGAUCGUCUCGAGCCGAGAGUCGAGCUGAGAGAUGGAUUCUACAUCCUCAAGGAGAAAUUUCGCAAAGGGAUUAACCCACAGGAGAAGGUUAAGAUCGAGAGAGAGCCGAUGAAGCUGUUCAUGGAGAAUGGAAUUGAAGAGCUCUCGAAGAAGUCAAUGGAAGAGAUCGAUAGUGAAAAGUCAUCAAAAGAAGAUAUUGAUGUUAGACUCAAAUGGCUUGGCCUCUUCCAUCGCCGGAAGCAUCACUAUGGUAAGUUUAUGAUGAGGUUGAAGUUACCAAAUGGUGUGACCACAAGUGCACAGACUCGUUACUUGGCGAGUGUGAUUAGGAAAUACGGUGAAGACGGAUGUGCAGAUGUGACGACGAGGCAGAAUUGGCAGAUCCGUGGCGUUGUGUUGCCUGAUGUCCCUGAGAUCUUGAAAGGUUUAGCUUCUGUUGGGCUAACGAGUCUCCAGAGUGGUAUGGAUAAUGUGAGGAACCCUGUUGGGAAUCCUCUAGCUGGGAUUGAUCCUGAAGAGAUUGUUGAUACAAGGCCUUACACCAACCUCCUUUCGCAGUUUAUCACUGCCAAUUCCCAAGGAAAUCCUGAAUUCACUAACUUGCCAAGGAAGUGGAAUGUGUGUGUGAUUGGGACGCAUGAUCUCUACGAGCAUCCACAUAUCAAUGAUUUAGCUUACAUGCCUGCCACUAAAGACGGUCGGUUUGGGUUUAAUUUGCUUGUGGGAGGAUUCUUUAGUCCCAAAAGAUGUGAAGAAGCGAUUCCUCUUGAUGCUUGGGUUCCUGCUGAUGAUGUCCUUCCGCUCUGCAAAGCUGUUCUUGAGGCCUAUAGAGAUCUUGGAACUCGAGGAAACAGACAGAAGACGAGAAUGAUGUGGCUCAUCGACGAACUUGGUGUUGAAGGAUUUAGAGGUGAAGUAGAGAAGAGAAUGCCGAAUGGGAAGCUAGAGAGAGGGUCUUCAGAGGAUCUUGUGAACAAGAAUUGGGAGAGGAGAGACUAUUUCGGUGUCCAUCCUCAGAAGCAAGAAGGUCUUAGCUUCAUUGGCCUUCACGUUCCCGUUGGUAGGUUACAAGCGGAUGACAUGGACGAGCUUGCUCGUUUAGCUGACACUUACGGCUCAGGAGAGCUUAGACUCACUGUAGAACAGAACAUCAUCAUACCGAACGUAGAGACCUCGAAAACCGAGGCUUUGCUUCAAGAACCGUUUCUUAAGAACCGGUUCUCUCCAGAGCCAUCGAUCUUGAUGAAAGGUUUAGUUGCUUGUACCGGGAACCAGUUCUGCGGGCAAGCGAUAAUCGAGACAAAGCUGAGAGCUUUGAAAGUUACAGAGGAAGUUGAGAGACUAGUGGCUGUGACAAAGCCUGUGAGGAUGCAUUGGACAGGAUGUCCCAACACUUGUGGUCAGGUUCAAGUUGCUGACAUUGGAUUCAUGGGGUGUUUGACACGUGGAGAGAAUGGGAAGCCUGUUGAGGGAGCUGAUGUGUACGUUGGAGGGAGGAUAGGGAGUGACUCGCAUUUGGGUGUGAUUUAUAAGAAAGGUGUUCGUGUUACUGAUUUGGUUCCAUUGGUGGCUGAGAUUCUUGUGAAAGAGUUUGGUGCUGUGCCUAGAGAGAGAGAAGAGAAUGAAGAUUGA